CGCAAUUUCCAGUCUCGAUGGGUAUCACGUGACGUGACAGGUAGCAUUUCAGCAGUUAUGGCGGCGCUGGGUUGACGAGUAGGAAAAAAAAAUCGCAGCUAGGAAAAGCCUUCGUUAGCUUCCCUUGUCACCUGCUUUCCCGCAGGGGCAUGGCCAACAUGACGGCCUGAUACAAUAUUGGUACCAAGACACCCAGCAAUGCAGCAGCACCAUCAACAACAACAACAGCAGCAGCAGCAUAAGGCAGAGAAUAGUAAAACCAAGAGUAUGUUUCUGUCUCGGGCGCUGGAGAAGAUCCUCUCGGAUCGAGAGGUGAAGAGGAGUCAACACAGCCAGCUGCGCAAAGCCUGUCAGGUGGCGCUGGAUGAAAUCAAGGCAGAGCUUGAGAAACAAAAGGAUGGCACAGUGGUCCCACCCAGAGCCAACUACAUCGAAGCUGACCAAUAUGUGCUGCCAUUUGAGUUGGCUUGUCAGUCCAAGUCCCCCCGUAUAGUUAGCACCUCUUUGGACUGUCUGCAGAAACUAAUAGCGUAUGGCCACAUCACGGGCAAUGCGCCGGACAGCAGAACUCCGGGCAAGCGCUUGAUUGACCGCUUGGUGGAGACCAUCUGCAACUGCUUCCAGGGCCCGCAGACUGACGAGGGAGUCCAGCUACAGAUCAUUAAGGCCCUUCUGACGGCCGUAACCUCCCCACACAUUGAGAUCCACGAGGGCACAAUCCUCCUCACUGUCAGGACCUGCUACAACAUCUACCUGGCCAGCCGCAACCUCAUCAACCAGACCACCGCCAAGGCCACACUCACUCAGAUGCUCAAUGUCAUCUUCACACGGAUGGAGAACCAAGCUGCUUUGGAGGCCCAGGAACAAGAGAAAGAGCGGCUUCGUCUGUCCCAAAAUAACCCCUCUCCAGUCCCUUGUACCGGCUCACCUCGGCCCGACCGGACGCCCACCCCGGAGCCACGCAGCUCCCCGUCACCGGAAGCCAGUACUCUGAACGCCAUCAGCUCAACACCACCACCUCCGCCUGACUUGGACCUGGAUACACCAACCAUGAAUGGAGAUUCAGAGAGAAAUUCAGUUUUUGAAGAUGAAGGCAAUGAAGCACCUCCAGGCGAAGUAGUACAGGCAGAUGGAGAGGCUCCAGUAUCACAGACUGAAGAAGAUGAAGGAGAACAGCCACCUCUCACCGAUGCACCUGGUGCUCAGCACGUCUCUGAGCAGACACAAGUAGCUCUCCCUAAAGCCGUCGCGGAGGCACCACAGAUGAACGGCAUCAUCGAAGACCGCUCGUCUGUUUCUUCAGCGGACAUGUUGGAUGCUGAGGCCCUGCAAGGACCCCACAGCGCCUCCCGUUUCUCUCAUAUCCUACAAAAGGACGCCUUCCUGGUGUUUCGCUCACUGUGUAAACUUUCAAUGAAGCCCCUUGCAGAAGGACCUCCGGACCCAAAGUCGCACGAGUUGCGGUCCAAGAUCGUGUCGCUGCAGCUGCUGCUCUCUGUGCUGCAGGGCGCAGGGCCGGUUUUCCGCACCCACGAGAUGUUCGUCAACGCCAUCAAGCAGUAUCUUUGCGUGGCGCUCUCGAAAAACGGCGUCUCCUCCGUGCCUGAGGUGUUUGAGCUCUCGCUGGCCAUCUUCCUCACGUUGCUCUCCCAUUUCAAGGUCCACCUGAAAAUGCAGAUUGAGGUGUUUUUUCGGGAAAUUUUUCUCACCAUCUUGGAGACGUCGACGAGCUCCUUUGAGCACAAGUGGAUGGUCAUUCAGACACUAACGCGCAUUUGCGCAGAUGCCCAGUGCGUGGUUGACAUCUACGUGAACUACGACUGUGACCUCAAUGCCUCCAAUAUCUUUGAGCGCCUCGUCAACGACCUCUCCAAAAUAGCUAUGGGCAGGAGUGGCCAGGAGCUGGGCAUGACCCCUCUGCAGGAGCUCAGCCUGCGUAAAAAGGGCCUGGAGUGUCUGGUGUCCAUCCUCAAAUGUAUGGUUGAGUGGAGUAAGGACAUGUAUGUCAACCCAAACCUUCAGGCCAACCUCGGCCAGGAUCCUCCAUCUGAGAGUGAGACGUCAGAGUUGAAGCUUCCAGAUCAGCUGGCAGGACGUCGAGACAGCGUCAGCUCCUUGGACUCCACGGUCUCGGCCGGUGUAUCGCUGUCUCAGCCGGACCACCCGGAACAGUACGAAGUCAUCAAACAGCAGAAGGACAUCAUCGAGCACGGCAUUGAACUCUUUAACAAAAAGCCAAAACGCGGUAUCCAAUAUCUGCAAGAACAACGUAUGUUGGGUUCCACAGCGGAGAACAUUGCACAAUUCCUUCACCAGGAGGACAGAUUGGACACAACCCAGGUGGGCGAGUUCCUGGGUGAGAACAUAAAGUUGAAUAAAGAGGUGAUGUACUGUUACGUUGACCAGCUGGACUUCUGUGGGCGGGACUUUGUCUCGGCCCUCAGAGCCUUUUUGGAAGGAUUCAGACUGCCAGGGGAAGCCCAGAAGAUUGACAGGCUGAUGGAGAAAUUUGCUGCCAGAUACCUUGAGUGUAACCAGGGACAAACUUUAUUUGCCAGUGCAGACACAGCUUAUGUGCUGGCCUACUCCAUCAUUAUGCUCACCACAGACCUGCAUAGUCCUCAGGUGAAGAACAAGAUGACAAAGGAGCAGUACAUCAAGAUGAACCGCGGAAUAAAUGACAGUAAGGAUCUGCCCGAAGAGUAUUUAUCCUCCAUCUAUGAUGAGAUUGCCGGCAAGAAGAUAGCCAUGAAGGAGAGCAAAGAGUUCUCAAUCACACCCAAGUCCACCAAGCAGAGUGUAGCCAGCGAGAAACAGCGUCGCCUGUUGUACAACAUGGAGAUGGAGCAGAUGGCCAAGACUGCUAAAGCCCUGAUGGAGGCAGUCAGCCAUGCUCAGGCCCCCUUUUUUAGCGCUACACACCUGGAACACGUCCGGCCCAUGUUCAAGCUGGCAUGGACCCCUUUGCUGGCAGCAUUCAGUGUGGGCCUUCAGGACUGCGAUGACCCAGAAGUGGCUUCACUGUGUCUGGAAGGCAUUCGAUGUGCCAUCAGAAUCGCCUGCAUCUUCAGCAUGCAGCUGGAGCGAGAUGCCUAUGUCCAGGCCCUGGCCAGGUUCACCCUGCUGACAGCCAGUUCCAGCAUCACUGAGAUGAAGCAGAAAAACAUUGACACCAUCAAGACCCUGAUCACUGUAGCACACACGGAUGGAAACUACCUGGGCAACUCCUGGCACGAGAUCCUGAGGUGUAUUAGUCAACUGGAACUAGCUCAGUUGAUUGGCACUGGGGUGAAGACACGCUACAUAUCGGGGGUGGUUCGAGACAAAGAGGCCAGCAUCAAGGGUUUACCCUCUGGCACGGAAGAAUUCAUGCCCCUUGGACUGGGGAACUUGGUGGGAAAUCAGGACAAGCGUCAGAUGGCUCACCUCCAGGAGUCAGUGGGAGAGACCAGCUCUCAGAGUGUUGUCGUCGCUGUGGACAGGAUCUUCACAGGUUCGACCAGGCUGGAUGGAAAUGCGAUUGUGGACUUUGUGAGGUGGCUGUGCGCCGUGUCUAUGGAUGAGCUGGCCUUAACACACCAGCCUCGGAUGUUCAGCUUACAGAAGAUCGUGGAGAUCUCCUACUACAACAUGAACCGCAUCAGGCUGCAGUGGUCUCGAAUCUGGCAGGUCAUAGGGGACCAUUUUAAUAAGGUUGGCUGUAACCCCAAUGAGGAUGUCGCCAUAUUUGCAGUGGACUCACUGAGGCAGCUCUCUAUGAAGUUCUUGGAAAAAGGAGAGUUAGCGAAUUUCCGUUUCCAAAAAGAUUUCCUCAGGCCUUUUGAGCACAUCAUGAAGAAAAACCGGUCUCCGACGAUCAGAGACAUGGUGAUCAGGUGUGUGGCACAGAUGGUCAACUCUCAGGCUGCCAACAUCCGUUCGGGCUGGAAGAACAUAUUCUCGGUAUUUCACCAGGCAGCCUCCGACCAUGAUGAGUCCAUAGUGGAACUUGCCUUCCAAACCAGUGGCCAUAUCGUCAUGAAUACAUUCAGGGAGCACUUUGCUGCCGCAAUUGAUUCCUUCCAAGACGCGGUGAAGUGCCUGUCCGAGUUUGUGUGCAACGCAGCUUUCCCCGACACCAGCAUGGAGGCCAUCCGACUCAUCCGCCAUUGCGCCAAAUAUGUCUCAGAGAGGCCACAGGCUUUGAGGGAAUACACCAGUGAUGACAUGAACGUGGCCCCCGGCGAUCGGGUUUGGGUUCGCGGCUGGUUUCCCAUCCUCUUUGAGCUGUCUUGCAUCAUCAAUCGCUGCAAGUUAGAUGUGCGGACCAGAGGUCUUACAGUCAUGUUUGAGAUCAUGAAGAGUUACGGCGACACCUUUGAGAAACACUGGUGGCACGAUCUCUUCCGAAUCGUCUUCCGCAUUUUCGACAACAUGAAGCUCCCGGAGCAGCAGACAGAGAAAACCGAGUGGAUGACGACAACAUGCAACCAUGCGCUCUACGCCAUCUGUGACGUGUUCACACAGUUUUAUGAGCCUCUCAGUGAGAUCUUGCUGGUGGACAUCUUCACGCAACUCCAGUGGUGUGUGCGGCAAGACAAUGAGCAGCUGGCUCGCUCCGGAACCAACUGCCUGGAGAACCUGGUGAUUCUCAACGGGGAGAAGUUCAGCCCCGAAGUAUGGAACAUCACCUGCUCGUGCAUGCUGGAGAUCUUUCAGAAUACCAGCCCUCAAGUCUUGUUGACAUGGCGACCUGCUGGACAGGAGGAUGACGCUGCUGACGCCAAGCACUUAGAUGUGGACUUUGACACCCAGUCCCAGAGCAGCUACGAUCGAGCUCUUUCGGAGAGAGGACACAGCCAAAUGUCCAGCGAUGACACCUGGAAGGGCAAGUCCAACACGCGAAUUUCAGACCACAAGUUAUUCGCAGGUCUGCUCAUCAAAUGCGUGGUGCAGUUGGAGCUAAUCCAAACCAUCGACAACAUUGUCUUCUACCCGUCAACCAGCAAGAAAGAAGACGCCGAAAACAUGGCUGCUGCCCAGCGAGACGCUCUGGAAGAGGCGUCGGCUGACGUUGGUGGUCCGGCUUCUGAUCACGGGAUGUACAGACACAUGACCUCCGCUCACCUCUUCAAGCUGCUGGACUGUCUGCUGGAGUCGCACACCUUCGCCAAAGACUUCAACUCCAACAAUGAGCAAAGGACGGCUCUCUGGAGGGCAGGCUUCAAAGGGAAGUCCAAGCCCAACUUGUUGAAGCAGGAAACCAGCAGCCUCGCCUGCAGCCUGAGGAUUUUGUUCAGAAUGUACUCGGAUUCCCAGCUGCAGGACUCGUGGCCUGACAUCCAGACGCGCCUGCUACUGGUGUGCAGUGAAGCUCUGGCCUACUUCAUCAGCCUUACAUCGGAAAGUCACAGAGAGGCUUGGAACAGUCUGCUGAUGCUACUGCUCACCAGGACACUCAAGCUGCCUGAUAACAAGUUCAAGCCGCACGCCUCCUGCUACUUUUCGCACCUAUGCGAGAUGAUGCAGUUUGACCUGAUUCCCGAGCUGCGGGCCGUCCUGAGGCGCUUCUUCCUGCGCAUCGGCGCCGUCUUCCACAUCGCCGCCCCAGGGCCGCCGCAGAGAGAUGGCCCCUGAAAAACACACACACACACACACACACACACACACACAGAAGAAGCUCACUGUGACCAGCAGUCUGCUGACUCAUGAUUCAUCUCAUACUGGUCAUGACGCCAUUACACCAGGGGGUGUAAUCGGCCCUACAAAAAACUUGACUAAACCUACUUGGUUCAAGGAACUUUCCACAAGCUCUCUCUUUUGGCCGCCUGUGCCUGUUGGGAAAAGACCAUUUGUGAGUCAGCCGCCCCACUCUCCCACUCUCUGCUAUCACACUGCGGUGUUCAGCAUCGGCUUGUUUACAACAGUGUUGCGUCCCAAGUGUGCUAAUGCAUUCCUUUUGUGUGGUGACGCCCUAAUGGACAUAACCAUUUCUUCCUAUCUCGGCCUCCGCAAUUGCAUCGACUGGACCUAACAAGGCGGUCGCUCCUCUUCUUUUUGCACAUCUGUCGCUGUCAUCUUUUGUCCCCAAAUGCAGUGUUUGAAGAAAAUGAUGUUUGUAAUUAUUUAAAGUGCAUUUAAAUAUUUUUUGAGAAUCAUUCCUUGCCCUGUCACGAUGGAUGUCUAAUUUUCUUCCCUAAAAACUAGGGAAUCUAUAAAUAUAUAUAAAUAUAUACAGUAAAUGCAAAAAUGCAGACUGUAACGUUUGCAGUGUAAGAUUCAAUGUAUGAUAUACAGUACUCUGGAGAGGAAAAUGCAUCGACGGUUCUAUUAUGUUGUGAUGUUAUCUUUGAGCGUUUGAAGUUACCAAUAAACUGAAAUUCUGAUCAGUUUAA